AUGAGAAAUUCAUUAAAUACAGUAACUUUAGAUAUGUUAAUGCAAGUAUCUUUGGAGGGUCCACCAAAUAAAGAAUUUGAUUUCAAUAGAGCAUAUACUAUAUGGAAUUCAAUGAAAAAAAGAUAUGGA